AUGCUGUUGGGAAUGAGCGCCUGUGGGAGGAAGGCGCUGACCCUGCUCAGCAGCGUGUUUGCCGUCUGCGGCCUCGGCCUCCUGGGCAUCUCCGUCAGCACCGACUACUGGCUCUACCUGGAGGAGGGCAUCGUCCAGCCCCAAAACCAGACGGCAGAAAUCAAACUGUCACUGCACUCGGGGCUCUGGAGGGUCUGCUUUCUGGCAGGUGAAGAGCGUGGCCGGUGCUUCACUAUCGAAUACGUCAUGCCGAUGAACAUCCAGCUGACAUCUGAAUCCACAGUCAAUGUCCUGAAGAUGAUCCGCUCUGCCACCCCCUUCCCUCUGGUCAGCCUCUUCUUCAUGUUCAUCGGCUUCAUCCUCAGCAACAUCGGCCACAUUCGGCCUCACAGGACCAUCCUUGCCUUCGUCUCGGGGAUAUUCUUCAUCCUGUCGGGUCUGUCUCUGGUGGUGGGGCUGGUCCUCUACAUAUCCAGCAUUAAUGACGAGAUGCUGAACAGGACCAAGGACUCAGAAACAUUCUUCAAUUACAAAUACGGAUGGUCGUUUGCCUUCUCUGCCAUCUCAUUCCUUCUCACGGAGAGCGCUGGGGUGAUGUCCGUCUACCUCUUCAUGAAGCGAUACACGGCCGAGGACAUCUACCGACCUCACCCCGGCUUCUACCGGCCCCGUCUGAGCAACUGCUCGGACUACUCUUUUGGGCAGUUCUUGCACCCAGACGCGUGGGCGCGGGGACGCAGCCCCUCGGAUAUCUCCAGCGAGGCGUCCCUGCAGAUGAACAGUAACUACCCGGCUCUGCUCAAGUGUCCCGACUACGACCAGAUGUCCUCGUCCCCGCCCCUGCGCCCGCUCCCACCCCAGCACUGA